CCCCCAGCAGCAAAGUGGUGGACAGAAAGUACAGUGAACUAUUGACUUACUGUAUGUACACAACUUUAUCAGUAAACUAAAGGGUUGUGGUUGCCUAAUCUCCAAACAGCUGACGGGCAGAUGCAGAAGCUUCAUGCGCAGAUUAAUGGCAACGGCUUCCAGGCGAGAUGUGCGCGCACACACACCGUACACUGUUUGACCAACAUUGACAGUUUGUGGAUGAAAUGCGCUGACUACUCUUUUUAGAAGUUCUCAUUUUUUGCUCUGGAUGGAAUGAAGGUUGGGUAGGAGAAAGAACGAGAGAGAAAUAAUGAACGUUUGGUAAGAGAGAAGGGUCGCCAAAAGGAUACAUUGCAUGACUCUGAUAUAAGGACAUAUACGGAAUAGAACAAUUGCAAGAAAGAAAGACAAUUUCGGAAUAUUUUUGUGCAUAUGCACAUUUUGAAUAAAAGAGGGAGAAGUUCCUCUUAUUUUCUGUCUUCAUCAAUUCAUUAAUAUUGUUUUCUCCUGCUACUAAGAUUUGGACAACUAUUCACCUUUGACAUACAGGCAACUUCAGGUAACGGGAAAAGAGAGCUGCUGAAAAGUGGACCCAUAUGAAAUAGAAAACUGAAAAAAGAGGACACUGAAUAUUACAUUCUAUGUGAACAACUAAGUUGUAGCCUAUAUUUUUUUUCUAUAUCAAGCCAUAACCCAACCAUGCAGCAGGAACGCUUGCUGAAGGUUCUAGUCAUCGGUGACCUGGGGGUCGGGAAGACGUCCAUAAUAAAGCGUUAUGUCCAUCAGAUAUUCUCCCAACAUUACAGAGCCACCGUCGGAGUCGACUUCGCCCUCAAACUCCUCAAUUGGGAUCACAAGACGGUCGUGCGACUGCAGCUGUGGGACAUCGCAGGCCAGGAGCGCUAUGGCAACAUGACGCGGGUUUACUACCGCGAGGCUGUAGGAGCGUUGGUGAUCUUUGACAUGACGCGGGCCUCUACCUUCCAGGCUGUCCUCAAGUGGAAGGGAGACCUCGACUCCAAGGUUGCUCUGGGUAACGGGAGGCCAGUUCCGGCCGUCUUAUUGGGUAAUAAAUGUGACCAGCUGAGUACGGGUCUCUGUUCCAAACUGCCCAAACUGGAGAACUUCACUAGAGACCACGGCUUUGUAGGGUGGUACGAGACCUCCGCCAAGGACAACAUCAACAUCGACGCGGCCAUCAUGUGUUUGGUAGAGAGCAUCAUGGCUGUAGAAGAGGGGAGGCCGCCAGCUGGAGAUCCUAGAGACCCUAGCGUCCUGGUCUCACCACGCUUUGACUACAAUAGGACAGGGAUGGCUGGACUGCCUGGGUGCGAUGGGUGUAAAAAGCGACCUCUGCCUGGGCGAAGGGAGAUGGGGGAUAUUUGAGGGAUGAGAGAUGGGGGGUGGGGGGGGGGGGGUGGAGGAGAGAGGAUUGCAAGCUUUCUAGUUGUGAUGGGUAUAAUAAGUUAACUUUGCCGGGCCAGAGGGACAUGGGCGAUAUCUGAAGGGGGGAUUGAGGGAGAGAGAAGGACAGUGGCUUUUGACUCCAACGAACUCUCUAUGCUAGGAUGGAAGGGGACCGAGGGGGAGAGAUGAAGGAAGAGAUGGGAAGGAGUAGGGGGAUAGAGAGACACACAGAGAGAGAGGGGGAUGGGAAAUAUAGUGUGUGUAAAAGAGAGAGCGAUAGUAGCAUGAUGCAUUAGAUAUGGAUGGACUGCUACAAAGGGUCAUGUGAACUGAGCUAAGCCUGGAUGACAUGAGAGAUCUAAUCACAUCACAGUGGAGGACAGAAGCAUCCACAUCGGCAAGGAAACAGCUGUGAUGUUAUCAAUAGUGUUGCUAUUGCAACACACUCAUCACGAAGGCUGCUUUUGUAAAUUCACUCUGGCCAUCUAUUCCGAUUUCAGAGCACUCUCAUCUGAGUGUGUCAGAGCGCAGAACAACUGAUGAAUUUACAAACUUUCAACACCCGCUGAAUAAGACCGGUGUCAAUAAACGUCUGCAAGAAAACGUCAUUCAAUUGUUGCCAGGAGCACAGUUACAGUCACUAAUGCUCUAGAUAACAUGAAAACAGCCUCUGCUAGGGUGAGUAAAAUGGCCAGUGAGGUGUUCUCUCAUAUGUGUCUAGAAGUAGCUAGUGAGCUAGCCAACUUUAGCCAGUUAGUUUGGGUGCUUGGGUGCUUGUUGCGAGGGUCAGAACACUCGGAUCAACCCUUGUCCACGGGCCAGAGCGUCCAGUUUGCGCUCUGAACGCUCCGAGAGCAAAAACGCUCUGAUUUUACAAUCUGACAAUGCUCUGAAUUUACAAACGAUCCAGAGCGUACUAUGACACACUGGAGGCAAUUUUUGAACACACUCAUGGUGAAAAAGAGACAGUGUCGUUCUAUACCAAAAUAAUGUGUGUAAUAUUUUGAAGCAAAUAUCAUUUUAAGGGAGUAUGUUAGGCACAGACGUUCUCUUCGCCUGGCUGAGUUCUGCUAGGAGCAAACCAACCUAGCAUGUGGACGCUUUUAGUCUGUGAUAAUGAAACCGGGAGGCUGAAAGGUGUAAGUUAGUCUGUGUCUCAAAUUGCACCCUAUUCAGUAGUAAUUAUGGGGAUUUUUUUAAAUACAGUUACACAUCACAAUAUUAUUUUGGACGCUAUUAUAUUGAUACUUUAAUUGGCUCCAAGUAUGGAUAUUUUAUAUAUUUUUACUAGGUAGCAUUAGCUAACGUUAGUCAGCUGUACCUGCACCAAAAUUACGGUAUUUUUUUAUCCUACAGAUUUUUCUCCAUUUUCUUUUUAAAUAGUGAGCACUUUUACUUCCGUGACUGAUCAAAACAAAUGUUAGUACGCUCUCUCUUGCAUCUCUGCAGCAGACAUAUGUUUAAAACAUCAAAUUGCAAUAGAAUCGCAGUAUUGAGUCGCAAUACAUAUAGAAUAGUGAGAAUCGCAAUAAUAUCAUAUUGUGAGGUCCCUAGCAAUUCCCAGCCCUAUUCAGUAGUGCCAUUUGAGACAACCUUAGUUAGCACAUGUGCCUUCAGAAAGUAUUCACACUCCUUGAGUUUUUCCACAUUUUGUUGUGUUACAGCCUGAAUUUAAAAUGGAUUAAAUUUAGAUUUUGUGUCACUGGAUAACACCCCAUAAUGUCAAAGUGGAAUACAUUUUUUUAUAUUUUUUUUUACAAUUAAUAAACAUGAAAAGCUGAAAUGUCUUAUGUUAAUAAGUGUUCAACCCCUUUGUUAUGGCAAGCCUGAAAAGGUCAGGAGUAAAAAUGUGCUUAACAAGUCACAUAAUAAUUUUGAUGGACUCGCUCUGUGUGCAAUAAUAGUGUUUAACAUGAUUUCUUUAUGAAUACCUCAUCUCUGUACCCCACACGUACAAUUAUUUGUAAGGUCCCUCAGUUGAGCAGUGAAUUUCAAACACAGAUUCAACCACAAAGACCAGGAAGGUUUUCCAAUGCCUCGCAAAGAAGGGCACCUAUUGGUUGAUGGGUAAAAAUAAAGAAAGCAGAUAUUGAAUAUC